UAUGCUUCUUUAUAAAAAAGAAAAUGGAAAGGAAGUACCACCGCAUCGUUUUGAAGUUAUAGAAGUACCAAUAGAUGAAAAAAAUUUGAUUCAAAGUAUUAUUAGAAAUAGUGGACGAGAAAUUGCAUAUCAGGAUUAUAAAAGAGGAUUUAAAUAUUGGAAUGUGGGAAUUUAUUAUGAAAUAAUCACGAAUGGGCAACUUUUAAACUGGCUUAAACAGCAAAACUAUUCUGCUGGAAUUGCUGAGUUUAGUGUGAUGGCCGGAUCUUUUGCAAUUUUUGAAGUUUUAGGGAUUCAAAAUACUUUUAAUGUUUCUGCUUCAGUGUUCUAUCCAGGAAAUCUCCAAUUUCUUGAAUUUUAUGAAAAUCCGAUUGAUUUUACUCGACUUGCAUUUCCCGGUUAUACUAAUAUUAUUUUUUAA